UCUCGCACCCACCACCACCACCACCACCACUACUACUACCACCCCGCCCGUCCGCCCGAGGGCUAAAAGUCCGCGGGAGGCGCUUUCAUGGGCGGCCAUGUGAUUGACAGCCCCUCGGUGACAUCACCGGACGACAAAAAGAGUGGCCGGCCGAGGGGAAGGAGCCAAAUCAAUCGCAGCACUCCGUCGGUGGCGCACGACGCGACCAUCCAACGGCGCUCCGGAGCGCACCCAAGUCCACUUUGCUUCCAGACCGCUUUUUCGUUGUUGGGAAGAUGUUCUACCGAGACGCGUUCGACUUUGAUCGCUCCCUCUUGCGCGUAAAAACUUCCUCGUGACAAGAACGCGUUUGGUGCUCUGGUUUUUCUUCUUUGUGUGUGUGUGUGUGUGUGUGCGUAAAAAGGACAAAUCGCAGAGAGAGAACCGAGCCGGCGCGUGACAUUAUGUGCGCGAGCGGACAAGUGAGGGUGUCGGGCUGUCUGUCUGUGGUCCUCCGCGGAGAAGCAGCGUGGAUUUAACGCGACUUCAUGUGGACUUUAUCGGAGCCCAACGGUGGAACGACGACCGGACACAACGCUUCCUCGUCAGGGACUGACUGAUCAUGGUCACCGUGGUCGGCUCUCUCAUGGUACUGCUUAUGGCUCAGGUGUUGAUGGAAGGCGCGACGGGACUCAUCCCCGAGGUGGGCCGAAGGCGGUACGGCGAGUCGGGCCGGCACAGCCCGCAGCAAUCUGCUGGCGCCCUGCACGAGUUUGAGUUACGGCUCCUCAGCAUGUUUGGCCUGAAACGCAGGCCGUCGCCGGGCAAGCACGCCGUGGUCCCGAGCUACAUGGUGGACCUGUACCGCAUGCACUCGGCCAACGGCGACCAUAGCGCCCGGCGGCCCAAGAACAUGGGAAGGCACGCCGAGAGGGCAGCCAGCGAGGCCAACACGAUUAGAAGCUUUCACCACGAAGAGUCGAUGGAGGCCCUGGCCAGCCUGAAAAGCAAAACCACCCAGCGGUUCUACUUCAACCUCACUUCCGUCCCAGAAGAGGAGCGCAUCACGUCGGCAGAGCUUCGCAUCUACAGGGACCAAGUCAAGGGCGUCACCCCGACCGGCCCCAACAACGGCUCCGCAAACGUCAGCUCGGCGGCCGCCGGCUUCCAUCGCAUCAACAUUUACGAGAUAUUCGGCACGCCCAAAUCCGGCGGCGACGGGGAGCCUCUGGUUCGCUUGCUAGACACCCGGUUGGUGAAGGACUCUUUCAGCCGGUGGGAAAGCUUCGACGUGAGCCCCGCCGUGUCGCAGUGGACUUCCGGGAAAGGUCGCAACCACGGCUUCAUGGUGGAGGUGCGCCACCCGGAGGAGCGGCAGGCCAGCGACGAGCACGCCCGUCGACGCGGCAGGCACGUGCGGGUGAGCAGGUCCCUUCACCAGGACCAGGACUCGUGGCCUCAAGCCAGGCCUCUGCUGGUGACGUACGGCCACGACGGGCGCGGGGACUCGGUGCUGCACACGCGAGAAAAGCGCCAGGCCACGCUGCGCAAACAGCGGCGGAAGCACCAGCACAAAGCCAGCUGCAAGAGGCAUGCGCUAUACGUGGACUUCAGCGAUGUGGGCUGGAACGAGUGGAUAGUGGCGCCCCCGGGCUACCACGCCUUUUACUGCCACGGGGAGUGUCCCUUCCCCCUGGCGGACCACCUCAACUCCACCAACCACGCCAUUGUGCAGACGCUGGUCAACUCUGUGAACGCCAACAUCCCGAAGGCGUGCUGCGUGCCUACCGAACUGAGCCCCAUCUCUCUGCUAUACCUGGAUGAAUAUGAGAAGGUCAUCCUUAAAAACUAUCAGGACAUGGUGGUCGAGGGAUGCGGCUGCCGGUGAGAAUGAGAAAGCGGGUUACAGGCGGGUGAUGAUGGACACCCGGUUUUCCCAAUGAAGACGUUAUUUAUAUGAAAAGACACAAAACAGAGCUAUCCCGGAAGAAGCAUAUAAUAUGAAUAUAUUUAUGUCUCUGUCAAGUUGGGAAAUAAAUAUUUUAAUCAGAGGAAUAUAUUCCUUUUACUGGUUUUGAUAAUUAAAAAAAAAAUAAAAUAAAAAUGUAUUUCUGAUGUACAUUUCCAAACGGGUGCAAUACCACAUGAAGUAUAAUGCGCAGAUGUUUUUCUAUUUUGUAUUUAUUUCUAUCAUAACCACUUUAUUUGUAAAUAAAUGUGUAUUUAUCGUGAGAAAA